AUCAUCCGAGGGGCACGCUUUCUACGCUUUCUCUGGCAAGAAUGUUAGUUCCUGCUCUUCCCUGGCCGUUUCCUGUAAUCGUACAGUGUUGUGAGACGGAGAAAGCCAUGUGUGUCGAUGCAAAGCUGUUUACUUAAAAGUUGAGAAGAACUGGACUGCGACUGUUUAGCUUCCAUCUCUGAGUCUUUUUAACAUUGUGCCCGUCUCCCAGUGUGGAGUGGGCAAGAUGGCGGACCCCAUCAUGGACCUCUUUGAGGAUACACCCUUGUUUAACCUGGAUGCCCUACCGGACGAUUCCUUCUCUCAGGGCUCCUCAGACCCCGUGGAGGAGGCCCUCAAGCUUGCACUGGGCCAGGUGGACCCACCAGCUGAGUCCGAGCUCACGGUCAACACUGGCCUUAAUGUUCCUGUAGCAGUUCCCGCCAUCCCGGACCCGGCCCCCGUUCAAGUCCCCACACAGCAGCCAGUGCCAGUGGUGACUGCUCAGACUGUUUCCAUAGCUGCAGCUCCCACUGUAGCCCCAGCCCCUGUUGAUAGUGUACCUCAGAUCCAGGCCCAGACCACCAUACCUAUUGUAAGCAACACCAGCGUGGCCACCAGUAGCACUGUCCUGCUGAGUUCACCUCUGACUGUUUCCAGCUCUCCAGUCACCACCACUGCCACCACGCAGCUCACACAGAUAACUCACCAGCUCACUCCACAGCAGUUAGCUGCCAUCACACAGCAGGCGGGCGGGAAAAUUGUCAUUCUCAAAGGUCCCCAGGGUCAAGCCCAGGUGCUGCAGACUGUAUCAGGAGCUACAGGCCAGACCAGUGGAAAGGUCAUCCGUGUGUUGUCUGGCACUCCUCUUAAACCUGGCAUGUCUAUACUGCAGGGGGGGACAGUUUUGAAUCAGACGAGCCAAGGACAAGCUCAAGUCAAGGUGGGUGCUGCAGGGGUGCAGAGGCUGCUGCAGUCUCCCAACGGGCCAGUCAAACAGAUGCUGCUGACCUCCAUGCCCCAGCAGACGCAAGGCCAGACGGUUCAGGUGCAGAUGGCUCAAGGCCAGACUCAAGUCCAAGUCCAGCCCCAGGCAGCUCAGAUCCAGGUCCAGGCUCAGGGCCAGGUGCAGCUUCAGCCAGCCAUGCAGGCCCAAACACAGGGUGGUGAAGCAAAGCGGAUCACCCUGGUCCUCCAGCAGCCCUCCCAGGCUGGCUCUGCUGCGCCAGCGGGUCAAGCCCAGCAGCAGGUCACACAAAUCCAGCAGGUUCAGACAGCCCAAGGGGGGCAACAGCAGCAGACCCAGGCUAGACUGGUGCUGGGUCAGCUCCCUGGAGGGAAACUGGUGCUCCAGGGAAGCCAGCUAGCAGCUCUGACCCAGGCUCGGGCUGCAGGCCAGGCUGGAGGGCAGCCCAAAGUCCUCACAAUACAGCUGCAGGUGCAGCAACAGCCCAACCAACAAGGAGGAGUUAAGCACUAUCACUCUAGUGGGAGCAAAGAAAAGAAAGCGAAAUGCGUCCUCAGACCACUCUGAUGGGGAGUUAAGUCCUGCCUCACCUGCUACACUGGAGGAUGACUUGACUACGAAGAGGCGCUCCAAUCGUGUGGUGAAGAGAAAAAAAUACACAGAGGACCUGGAUAUCAAGAUAACAGAUGAUGAGGAUGAGCAGGAAGAUGUAGACGUUACUACAACGGCGGCAGCUGUGGCCUCCAUCAGUGGCAGUACAGCAGCGCAGCUUAAACAGGAAAUGGAGCUGGAUGGUGACGGACAGCCUAGCAUGCAGUUCUUUGUGGAAAAUCCAAGUGAGGAAGAUGCUGCCAUUGUAGACAAAGUUCUGUCUAUGAGGUUAACCAAGAAGGAAGUGUCCCAAGGCCAGUACACCAAUGUUGAGGAAUUCUUUGUAAAAUACAAGAACUAUUCAUACUUACACUGUGAGUGGGCCAGUUUGGAGCAGCUGGAGAAAGAUAAGAGGAUCCAUCAAAAGAUCAAGAGGUUCAAGACCAAACACGCACAGAUGAGGCACCUCUUCCAGGAGGAGGAGGAGCCUUUUAACCCAGACUAUGUAGAGGUGGACAGGAUCCUGGACGUUUCCCAUAGUGUGGACAAGGACAAUGGCGAGCCCGUUAUCUACUACUUGGUGAAGUGGUGCUCUCUGCCUUAUGAAGACGCCACUUGGGAACUGAAGGAGGACGUGGAUGAGGGCAAGGUGGAAGAGUUCGCCAAAAUCCAAAACAGACAACCUCGCCUGAAGAGAGCAGCACGGCCAUCUGCCAGUUCAUGGAAGAAGUUGGAGGAGUCCAGAGAGUACAAGAAUGGCAACACGCUCAGAGAGUACCAGCUUGAAGGAGUCAAUUGGCUGCUCUUCAACUGGUACAACAGGCAGAACUGUAUUCUGGCAGACGAGAUGGGUCUGGGGAAGACCAUCCAGUCCAUCACGCUGCUGUCUGAGGUGUACGCUGCUGGCCUCCAAGGCCCUUUUCUGGUCAUUGCUCCCCUCUCCACCAUCACCAACUGGGAGAGAGAGUUCUCCACAUGGACCAAUAUGAACGCCAUUGUCUACCACGGCAGCCUGGCCAGCCGACAGAUGAUCCAGCAAUAUGAGAUGUACUGCAAGGAUGAUAAGGAGCACUUGAUCCCAGGUGCCUACAAGUUCGACGCCCUUAUCACAACCUUUGAGAUGGUGUUAUCUGACUGUCCGGAGCUAAGGGAGAUCUCUUGGCGAUGUGUGAUCAUUGAUGAAGCUCACCGCCUCAAGAAUCGUAACUGCAAGCUGUUGGACAGCUUGAAGAUGCUGGAUCUGGAACACAAGGUGUUGUUGACCGGCACUCCUCUCCAGAACACUGUGGAGGAACUCUUCAGUUUGCUUCAUUUCCUGGAGCCUACUCAGUUCCCUUCUGAGACUGAAUUCCUCAGAGACUUUGGAGAUCUAAAAACAGAGGAACAGGUUCAGAAGUUGCAGGCCAUCUUGAAACCUAUGAUGUUACGAAGGCUCAAAGAGGAUGUUGAGAAGAACUUGGCACCCAAACAGGAGACCAUCAUUGAGGUUGAGUUGACGGAUAUCCAGAAGAAGUACUACCGGGCCAUCCUGGAGAGGAACUUCAGCUUUCUCAGUUUAGGGGCAAACAGUAACAGCAAUGUCCCCAAUCUGCUCAACACUAUGAUGGAGCUACGCAAGUGCUGCAACCACCCCUACCUCAUCAAUGGCGCGGAGGAGAAGAUCAUAGCGGAGUUGCGGGAGGUGUAUGACCCCCUGGCUUCGGACUUCCAUUUGCAGGCCCUCAUUCGGUCGGCCGGCAAGCUGGUGCUACUGGACAAGCUGCUGCCUCGCCUCAAGGCUGGUGGCCACAAAGUGCUCAUCUUCUCCCAGAUGGUGCGCUGCUUGGACAUUCUGGAGGACUACCUCAUCAACAAGAGAUACCUUUAUGAGCGAAUUGAUGGCAGAGUGCGUGGGAAUUUACGUCAGGCUGCCAUCGAUCGCUUCAGCAAGCCUGACUCAGACCGCUUUGUCUUCCUGCUGUGUACCCGUGCUGGUGGCCUGGGUAUUAACCUCACUGCUGCUGACACAUGUGUUAUAUUUGACUCAGACUGGAACCCUCAAAAUGACCUGCAGGCCCAAGCACGAUGUCAUCGUAUUGGUCAGUCUAAGGCUGUCAAGGUCUACCGUCUGAUCACUAGGAACUCCUAUGAGAGGGAGAUGCUGGAUAAAGCAAGUCUGAAGCUUGGUCUGGAUCGUGCUGUCUUGCAGAGCAUGAGUGGCAACAAAGAGAGCAAUGUCAAUGGGCAGAUCCAGCAGUUCUCAAAGAAGGAGAUUGAGGACCUGCUGAGGAAGGGAGCCUACGCUGCCAUCAUGGAUGAGAAUGAUGAAGGCAGUCGCUUCUGCGAGGAGGACAUCGACCAGAUCCUUCAGCGAAGAGCCACCACCAUCACCAUUGAGAGCGAGGGCAAGGGCUCCACGUUCUCCAAGGCCAGCUUUGUGGCAUCUGAGAACCGCAAUGACAUUGCACUCGAUGACCCAGAAUUCUGGCAGAAGUGGGCCAAGAAAGCCGACAUAGACAUGGACACCCUCAACAGAAAAAACACCCUUGUGAUCGACACUCCUAGAGUCCGCAAGCAAACUCGUCAGUACUCCACUUUACGAGGUGAAGGUGGAGACCUGUCUGAUCUGGACAGCGACGAUGAGUAUCCACCUGCCAAUUCCAGACAGUCGCGUGCCUCCCGACGCACUGACCGCCACAGUGGAGGUGGUUAUGGCCGCACUGACUGUUUCCGGGUGGAGAAACACCUGCUUGUCUAUGGUUGGGGUCGCUGGAGGGACAUCUUGUCCCAUGCCAGAUGUAAACGUCGCCUAAGUGAACGCGAUGUGGAGACGAUCUGCCGCGUCAUCCUUGUCUUUUGUCUGCUCCAUUACCGUGGAGAUGAGAACAUCAAGAGUUUUAUCUGGGAGCUCAUCACACCACCAGAGAAUGGGCGUGAACCCCAAACACUACUCAACCACUCUGGCCUGUCUAUCCCCGUUCCAAGAGGCAGAAAGGGUAAGAGAGUAAAGGCCCAGAGCACAUUUGAUGUUCAGAAGGUGGAGUGGAUCCGCAAGUACAACCCUGACACUCUGCUUCUGGAUGACAGCUACCGCAAACACCUCAAGCACCAGUGCAACAAGGUGUUGCUGAGGGUGCGCAUGCUCUACUACCUGAAACAGGAGGUGAUUGGUGAACAUGCUGACUCUGUCCUUAAAGGGGCUGACAUCAGGGAUGUUGAUAUCUGGAUGCCUGAGAUGGAGCAGCAGGAGGUACCUGCAGGAUGGUGGGAUGCCGAGGCAGAUCGCUCACUGCUUGCUGGCGUAUUCAAACAUGGUUAUGAGAUGUACACCACUAUGCGUGCUGAUCCAUGCCUCUGCUUCCUGGAGAGAGCUGGUCGGCCUGACGACAAGGCCAUUGAUGCCGAGCAGCACACUGGUGACGGCGAGAUGGGAGACGAUGCUGACUAUGAUAAGUAUUCAGAGGACCCGGAGUUCAAGCCCGCGUCGAGACACGGCAAAGAUCUUUUUGAGGAGGCUGACUCUAUGAACGUGGACGAUGAGAUUUCUGUGGAAGACAAGGCGGGGCCAGUGAUCAUAGAAAGCUACUCCAGCCAGAGCGGUUCGUGUGACUGGCCCUCCAGCUCAUCACUUACAGCGCGGAUGCGGCGGCUCAUCACAGCUUACCAACGCAGCUACAGGCAGGAGCAGCUGAAGAUUGAAGCAGAGGCAAAGGGUGACCGCAGGCGAAGGCGGUGUGAACAGGCCAGCAAACUGAAGGAGAUCGCGCGGCAAGAGCGCCAGCAGAGGUGGACACGUAGGGAAGAAUGCGACUUCUACCGCGUGGUAUCGACUUUUGGUGUGGAAAAGAUAAAAAAGGAGCCAGGUCUUCCUGAGGGCGGAGACCCUGAUUAUGACUGGAACCGCUUCCGAACCUUUGCUCGUCUGGAUAAAAAAACAGAUGAGAGCCUCAGUCGAUACUUCCGCUCUUUUGUUGCCAUGUGCCGGAGAGUUUGCCACCUGCGCCCAGGCCGCGGUGAAGAUCCGUCAGAGCUUUCCCAGACUGUGGCCCCCAUCACUGAGGAGCGUGCUUCCCGUACUCUAUACCGUAUUAGCCUCCUGCGUCGCCUUCGUGAGCGAGUACUGCCCCAUCCCUGCCUGGAGGAGCGUCUCCCUCUGGCUCCAACCAGCUCUGAGCUGCCCACUUGGUGGAAUAUACCGGACCAUGAUCGUCAGCUGAUGCUGGCCGCUUCACUGCACGGUGUCAGCCGCACUGAGCUCUCCAUCUUCUCAGACCCACAGUUCACCUUCAGUCAGGCUCGGGAAGAGUUUAUCCAGAACCAGCAGGCCCCACCACCUCCACCUCCACCUCAGGCACCACCCACCAUACCCAUCAUGCACCUCAGCCAGCCGAAGAUUGAGGAGGAAGUGCCUGGUGUGAAAGAGGAGGGAGUGGAAGAGGACGCCCGGUUGCUUGGAGGUCAAAUCAGUGCUGAACUGCAGAGUACGCCCUUGAGUCACCAUGACGGCAAAGCACGAGGGCAGGGCUGGAGCUUGAAGAGGAGCAGGGUGAGGGUCGGGAAAACAGAAGGAGGGAGGAAGGGAGAGGGAGGGUCGGAUUCUGAUUCAGAUUCUGAUUCAGGCUCAUCGUCAUCCGAGCGAUCGGGCAGCAGUGAUGAAAGUGGAGAGAGUGAGGAAGAGGUGGAAGGAGCAGGCAUGAAGCUGUGUGACGUGGAUGAAGAGAACAGUUUACUCUCUAUGACUCCAUCUCAGGAUGGCAUUCCUCCUCCUGAUCCUCUCAGAGUUGAUUGGCCCAAGGACCGCGUGUUGAUCAACCGUCUAGACAAUUUGUGUACGAUGGUGAUCACCGGUCAGUGGCCCUCAGGGCGGCGCUACGUGCCUGAGGCUCAGCUCAACCCGAGCUCAGAGCUGGUGGGAGACGAAAUGGCCUACACAAGGGUGAUCCGUAAACCCGGUGGCGUGCCUGGUGGCCCUGGGGCAGAUGGAGACGAUGGAGAGUUCACGGUCAAGCUCCUAAAGGAGGAGGGGCUGAAGCUGACCUUCUCUAAGCAGGCCCUGAUGCCCAAUGGGUCUGGGGGAGAGAGCAGCAGCCGCAAAAGGCGCAAGGACCAAGAGUUAUCCGACCCAGAUGGACUCGAUCCACUGGAGCGUACUCCUCGACGGAGGGACCCUCCCACAUGGUUGAAGGAGAACCCUGAUUAUGAGGUGGAGGGAGACAUGCUGGAGCUUCUUGUGAACAGGAGCAAGAGGAAGAGGAGGAGGAGGGCAGAUAAAGCCCUGACAGGCAGUGAGAAGGUCAAAGUCAUUAACAUGAGGACAGGAAAGAAGGUUGGAGCUGCUUUCUGUCCGAUGCUGCAGGACCUGAGGGAAUAUCUGGAGGAGAAUCCUGAUAAUGCUGUAGCACCCGAUUGGUCUGAAACUGUUCGUAACUCUGGCUUCCUGCCUGAGUCCCACUUUCACCGACUGCUGACCGAGCACUCGGAGAUCCCGAAGAAAAGCCGACGCCGCCAUCACCACCACCACCACCAUCAUCACCACGCUCCAGAUCCCACCCCUGAGGACCCCAACCUUGAUGGGGUAGAAGAGGAGACUCUGGUCUCAGACGGAGCCUACAUGAUGGACGAGGAGGACCUGGAGACCUCCCAUCACUUCCUCACCAGUGCAGACUUUGACGUUAAAAUGGAGGGCGGCGACAGCCUUUCCCAAGGUGACUAUGACAGCUCGGAUCAAGAGGCACUAUUGGACGAUGUCAUCAUAGCACAGAAGGACUCAGACUCCUCAUCAAGCUCAGAGGAUUGACUGAACUCCUCUCUCCAAACACAUUUGACUUAUUCCCCUUCUCAACAAUGAAUCAUGUUAUUCCUCAUCAUUUAUUUUUACCAUAUUAUGUAUCAAAUUAUUGAUGAAUGUGUUUUUUUUUGUUGCUACUUUUAUUCAUUUAUUUUAUAUAGGGAUAUUUUCCAUGAAAGGAGCAGGUUUGCACCCAUCUGUUUUCUUUUUCAUCAUCACAAUUGUGUUCCAUCUUUGUCUCCUCGAUCCUCCUCUCUAACCUCUGACAAAAUGGCAAAAAGCUGAGCUUUCUUACUUCACGACUCGUCAUUCUCCUCCUUAUCCUCCAAACCUAUUCGUUCCCAUCACAUUCCCAGCCAUGACCAAAAGGGGACCCCUGCUGUACAGAUACCCUUUUCUUAUCUAAGAACCUCAAUGCUGGUCCUCUAGCGUUACAUGAAACUGGACAUGUGUACUGAGCAGAGCCUGGAUCAAGAUCCCCAAACCCCCCCAAUCUUGUUUGGUCAUAUCUUGUAUGUCCAGACGAGUCUGUGAACUAAAAGGGGAUCCAGUGUGUGGAUGUACUGUUAUUGUUUUCACUCUAUGGGAGGGGUGGGGGUUGAGAGGGAGGGAGAGGGAAAGGGAAAGUGGCGUAUUAGUUACUGAAGCAGUGCUAGGAGGAUGGUUGUAUUGUACAAUGUAGAGCUGGUCAAUUGUGUACUAUGGUGCAAAGAUGACGGCAAUGAGUUACUAUUCUUGUUUUAUGAUCUGAGUGUAUCUGUGAAAUGAAUAACAGCAAUCUACAGUGAAAGCAAGUUUGUGUGUAU